UAGUAUAAAUAGCUGGAGUUUUCAAUCAUUUGUUAUCGGAGUUUUAAUUAAAUCUACCACUAUCUUCACCACCACAACCAUCAAUAAAUCCUCAACAAAGUAUGUAUAAAUUUUUUAUUUUGUGUUUAAUACCUUUAUUGGUCACGUUGGUUUCGGCAAAACCGGCUGUAAUUGCACCAUUGGCUUAUUCGUCCCCCUUGGUGGCCGCCUCGCUAUAUACAACGCCUGCUUACACUUCAUCCUAUUAUGCCCCCUACACUUCUCCCUAUAUUGCAUCUUCUUACACUGCCGCCUACACUAGUUAUCCUUUUGCUGCAUCAUAUUUGUUGCGUUGAUUGCAUCUGAAGGGAUGGGUUAUUGUUAAAGUUCACGAGUAGUUUCAUUAAUUAAGAAAGUAAAAUACACAAACAAAAGAAAAGGUAACAACUUCCUCAAUAUUUUAUGAAGUUUCCCAAUAUCAUUUUGAUAAACAUUAUAAUCGGGUUGAUUAAAAGGUCUGGGCUAAAUAGCAAGUUGAUAUAUUUUUUUACUUUGUUUUAUAAUCUAUUUUUAAAACUUUUCCUUUAUAAUAUUCCACACGUAUUCAACGUAUUUAUAUAUAUACUGAGUGUAAUACACUGAUCUUAUUUGAAAUAUUAGUGAGCUCGAUGUAAUCAUCAUAAAGAAGAAGUUGAAUUCCUGUGAUAGUAAGAUUAUUUUUCAAUAGAUGUUUUGCAUCAUGUUAGUUACAUUUCUAUAUCCACUUAUCGAAAACACUCUGAAAUAUUCACCUGAGUAUAUACUUAAGAACGUAAGACAAUAUAACCAUGUACAUCUGUAUUUUUGCUUGUCUGUUUGUUUGCUGAUAAAACGCUCGCGACCGCAAAAAUUGAGACUGGAAUCUAAAACUUGGGUACUCUUGGUUAAUGAACAUUGAUCGAAUUUGAAAAUAUACAGGAUUCGCCUAUGACCACGCCCGUAAAAAACUGUAGCUUAUAAUUCAUGACAGAGACUAGCAGAAAUACAUCAAGACGAUUUUUUCAAUAUAGUACAUUAUAUUGGCGCCAUCUAUUGCGAUUGGAAAACUUCAUGAAGAAUAAAAGACUUUUACCUGCGCAAUAAACGCGUUGUCUAACUCGGCUUUUAUUAUUACAUUUCAACUCAAAUAGUCAUCUAUAUAUGGCGCCACUAAACAUACCAUUUCGAAAAACCUAUUGUUGCUGUAGGUAAGAAAGCGCGCCGUUUUAGAGAAAUGGUUAAAGAUUUUGGUGAAACAUAUGAAAACUAAGCGAAAACGAAAUGGUCAAGCUAUUUAGCCGUUUUUGCUAAAAAAACAGUAUUCGUUCCUUUAGUCAAAUAAGCAAACGAGAGUUUAUAUUCUAUCUAAGUAACAUUUCUCGCAAAACCCAAAAACAAACAAAAAUAGACUACCGCAUUGUAACCCCUUUG